UGUUAGUGUAGGGCAGUGGUAGUGAGGGAGGGUGUGUGUGUGUUAUCUCUGAGUCUGUGUGUGGACAGCUGUUCCUCCUGCAGGUGCUGUGCUGUGUGCCAGUUAGACACUUAGUUUUCGCUGUAUACAAGACCUAUCAGUCAAGACUGAGUCAUCGCAGGGGAGUGGGGGGCAGUGAGUGCCUUAUCAGUACUCACUCACUCGGCUUCCUGUAGUACAGAUACCCCGUUGUCCCAGCCAGCUGCCAACCAGCUGCCAAUCACACUUCCCGGCUGUCUUGAUGCUGGUGCAGAUAUCUUGAUCUUCAUCAAGCUACUCUGUGCUUGAUGAAUUGGACGCGUGGUUUCAUCAGUACCAUACAGACAUGUUCGGACGACAGAAAAAGAGGUAGAAGUGAGCCAUGGCAUCCGACCCCAGCACACCCACGACACCCACAUCACCCACGGAGGAUAGAGAGGCAACCAAGGAAUGGCUGGAGACCAUACUGGAAAGUUACCACAAGUCCCUCGAACCUGACUCUGAAAUGGAUGUCGAACUGCGAGAGUGGAGCGUCAGCCCGGCUUCAGGAGGUGAGCGAGAGGGGUAUCUGUCUGAGCAGCUGUCUGUGGGCGUGUCUUACAGCGCCCGUGGCAAGGAUCACCACGCCCACCUCUUGGCCAAGCUCCUUCCACAGGAUCCCUUCAAUCGAGCCUUCGUUAUAGAGACGCUUUUUGAUCUCAGGGAGAUAAAGUUUUACACAGAGAUCAAACCAGCGCUGGAAGGAGUUGAGCGGCAGUAUCUAACUGAAGACUCUCUUAGCCUUGCCUGGGCCCCAGAGUUAUAUUAUGCCAAACACAAGACGGCUUCAGAGUCCAUCCUAGUGCUGGCUGACAUGUGUCAACGUGGAUACAAGAUGCAGGACCUGACUGAGGGGCUGACACUCUCACAGGUGCAGUCAGCACUCACCACUGUGGCAAAUGUCCAUGCAGCUUCUUUUGCUCUGCAAAUGGAGAAACCCCUACAGGAGCGAUUUCCAUAUUUGUUGUCGAUGGAACAAGCUGUAGAAUCCUUCAACUGUUUAGUUGAUAGAGGCCUUCCACUGUUACUCAAAUUCCUGGUGUCCCGUAAAGAUCGUGCUGAAGUCCGGGAGGGCUUACGAAAGUAUUCAGGACGGCGUACAGUGGAUGUGCUUCGAGGCAUCUUGACUCCAUCAGACAAACUCAAUACAUUGGUGCACUGUGAUUUUUGGUGUAAUAAUCUUCUUUUCAAGAAAGAGGGAGAUGCAACAUGCUGCUGUGUCAUAGACUGGCAGACAGUGAUGUAUGGGAGACCUGCCAUAGAUGUGGCCAUGUUGCUUUGCACGUCGUUAGAAGCCUCCCAACGACGUAAACAUGAAAAGGAGCUGCUGUCAUACUACUGGGAUGCUUUUACUUCUCGACUCAGCAAAUUUGCCAUUGAAAAGGAUGCAAUCACAUACACUGAAGAUGAUUUAAAGGAAGAUUUCAAAGCAGCACAGGCAAUGUCGGGGCUGGUAGUGGUGGGAAGUGUUGACAUUGCUCUGGGUAACACAGCAAGAGAGGAGAGGGUCCUGGACUUACUCUCAGAUCUUAUGAAUGCUGGUGUACUAUGAGGCAGGUGGAACAAAUCACAAAUUUAGAAUAAGAUUUAAUUUUGUACAUAUAGCUAUUCUUGAUGUUGAUACAUUUAAGGGCCGGAAAUUAGCUUCAGGCAGGAGAAACGAGCUUAUAAUAAGGUGGUGCAGCAGGGUCGCUGUUAAUUCAGUAUGAGCUGAAGCACAACAUUAGCUUUUCAAAUGCAUUGUUUCUGGUUAAUGUAUAGUCUUUUGUAAAGCUUAUUGUUAUUUACAGUCAGUUGAACUGUUUAAUUCCACUGGCCAUAAGAGAUGUCAUUGCCAAUUCUUACAAGACAUUGGAAAAACAAUCCAAACAAUAAAGUAUUUUUGUAAGAAUUGCAACAUGUAGACAAUAGAAACCUGACCAAUAAAUGUAUUGGUUUAUAUGCUGUAAUACACAUUAAUAAAAAUAUGCACAGAGUCACAGGUCAAGCCAAUGCAUGUGGCAAAGAACAACAAAUAUAUAAUUGGAAAGAUUGAGGGAGUUUGAGUUACUGUUGAUCGUUUACCUUUGGUAUCACCUGUAACUUAACCUGGACCAAUUCUAGUACAGUAGAUCCCAGUUGUCUAGUAGCUGUAGUCUACCUCCGUAUAUUAGGAUCAUACCCAUAAUGAACUGAAUCUUCAAUUGCAUUAGUGGCACCCAUUCAAAGCUUCCUCAAAGCAAGUAGCUAGUUUAACUCCUUCAUAUUUAUAACUUACUAGUGUGCAGUGUAUCAAACAGAAAAUUUUCUUAAAUGAUAAAUCUCCCAGUUUACAAUUAUUAUAAUUUUAGGUUGCAACUUUAUGUAUUAUUUUCACAGUUAGCCUACAUUCUCCAUAGGCCCCUUUACUCUAUAUUGUAAGAAAAAGUAUAUACAUUUCAAAGUUAAGUCCCAUCUAAGAUCAGGGACUCUCAAAAAUGUUAAGUAAUUUUUGUAGCAAUAGAUAUCAUUUUUGUGUGGUACUUGACCUGAAUUUGGUUUAAUGAUCAGGGGGAAAUAUGAUUAUAGCUUGAAACUGGUCACGUGACCUCAUGGAAGGUACAAGGAAGUGUCAGCACUGCAUGAAUUUACAAAGGAAUCUUUUAAUAGUGAAAAACGAAUAGUACAUGUAUAUUUUCUCUGUCCAAAAGAUUUAGAUCUAGUACAUAAUAAGCUGAAAACACCUUAUGGUAUCAAUAUUCCUUGUGGUACCAAAAAUAGUGGGAUUUAAAAUGUAGAAAUAUUUAAGAUACUGCAUAUGAUAGAUUGAGAUAAUGAACUUCAUGAACACUAUUUGUUUCUUGAAUGUUUCUUUGUGUGGAAUGCAGAAAGUGCAUUGUGACGAGGGUGAUGUUAUGGUAGGUUAGUAGUAACAGCAGCCAGGACCUGGUCUUAGGGCAUCACUUGAGAAGCUGUCAAUGACCAUCGAUUUAUUUUUAUGUAACAUAAUACGAGUAAAUUUCGCGUGUGUGUAAUACAUUGUUUGAUGUUCACAAUACAAGACUGUUAUACAA